CACCUCAUCAAGUCCGAUUCUAAUAUAAACUUUUACCCAAGGUUUAUGCGUGCUCUCUUUUAGGGUUUAAUUUCUGACGUGGUUUACAAGCUAUCGAAUUCAAGAAGCUGUAGGCCAUAAAUCCAAUUUCAAUCUGAAAAAAAUACAGAGUAAACGCAGGGUAAAACAAAAAACUCUUUAAAACCAAAUAUUACAUUCAUGCCGUUGAUGUGAGAACUCAGGUUUGAUUUUGAGCUUGGAAGGAUUAGGCAGUUUACAGCGAAAAAAAAUAGUAAUUAUGGGGGAAGGUUGUUGUGGUGGCGCGGCUGCUCACCCUGCAGGCUUUAAGAAAGAUGAAUCGUAUCUGACUACAAUUGAUUCAAAGCGCAUCAAAAUGUUUGAACUGAUCCAGGCCCAGCAGCAACAAGAGCGUCAAAAAAUUGGAGGAGAGCCUAUCAGGAUCACUCUUCCUGAUGGUCAAGUGAAGGAGGGGAAGAAAUGGAUUACUUCUCCUAUGGAUAUUGCAAAGGAAAUCUCAAAAGGCUUGGCUGCUUCUGCUUUGAUAUCAGAGGUAAAUGGUACUCUUUGGGACCUGGCAAGGCCUCUGGAGGGUGAUUGCCAAUUGAAACUGUUCACAUUUGAUAGCAAUGAAGGACGUGAUACAUUUUGGCACUCUAGCGCUCACAUCCUUGGGCAGUCUCUUGAAAGGGAGUAUGGCUGCAAAUUAUGCAUUGGACCCUGCACAACUAGAGGAGAGGGAUUCUACUAUGAUGCCUAUUACAAUGACCUUACUUUGAAUGAGGAACACUUUGAAAAGAUCAAGUCUUGGGCUACAAAAGCUGUGGCGGAGAAACAGCCUUUUGAGCGGAUUGAAGUAUCAAGGCAGCAGGCACUUGAAAUAUUUGCUGAGAAUUCUUUUAAGGUUGAAAUUAUAAAUGAAUUGCCUGAGGAUAAGACUAUUACAGUUUAUAGGUGCGGGCCUUUGAUUGACCUUUGUCGUGGUCCACACAUUCCAAACACAUCUCACGUUAAGGCCUUUGCUUGUUUAAAGGCUUCAUCAUCCUAUUGGAGAGGCAAAUCAGAUCGUGAAAGCCUGCAAAGGGUUUAUGGGAUUUCGUAUCCAGAUUCAAAAAAACUUAAAGAAUACCUUACCCAGUUAGAAGAAGCUAAGAAACGAGAUCACAGGGUUCUAGGACAAAAUCAGGAACUUUUCUUUUUUCAUCCACUCAGCCCAGGAAGUUGCUUCUUUCUGCCACAUGGUACAAGAAUUUACAAUAAGUUGAUGGAUUUUAUACGAAACGAAUAUAGGAAAAGGGGUUACACAGAGGUCAUUUCCCCUAACAUAUAUAAUAUGCAACUCUGGGAAACAUCAGGGCAUGCGGCUAAUUACAAAGAAAACAUGUUUGUUUUUGAGAUUGAGAAACAGGAGUUUGGACUUAAGCCUAUGAAUUGCCCAGGGCACUGCUUGAUGUUCGACAACAGAGUUCGAUCCUAUAGAGAAUUACCACUCCGCUUGGCUGAUUUUGGUGUUUUGCAUCGAAAUGAACUCAGUGGUGCUUUGACAGGUCUGACUCGUGUUCGACGAUUUCAACAGGAUGAUGCUCAUAUCUUUUGUGCAAGAUCGCAGAUUAAAGAUGAGGUCCAGGGCGUGCUAGAUUUCUUACAAUAUGCAUAUGACAUAUUUGGCUUUACAUUUGAACUUGAGCUAUCCACUAUGCCAGAAAAACACUUGGGAGACCUAGAAACAUGGAAAGAAGCCGAGGCAGCUUUAGCUGAAGCAUUAGAUUCAUUUGGAAAGCCAUGGCAGAUAAAUGAAGGGGAUGGAGCAUUUUAUGGGCCAAAGAUUGACAUUACUGUUUUUGAUGCUUUGAAAAGAAAAUUUCAGUGUGCAACCAUUCAGCUUGAUUUUCAGCUUCCAAAAAAAUUCAAAUUAUCUUACUCUGCAGAGGAUGAAGCAAAGAGGGAGGAACCUGUUAUGAUACACCGGGCAAUACUUGGUUCUGUUGAGCGCAUGCUUGCCAUCCUUCUUGAACAUUAUGCAGGAAAAUGGCCAUUCUGGCUUAGUCCUCGCCAAGCAAUUGUAUGUCCUGUGUCAGAAAAGUCGUCAGAGUAUUCACUGAAGGUCCGUGAUCAGAUCCAUGAAGCUGGUUAUUUUGUUGAUGUUGACACAUCUGACAGAAAGAUCCAGAAAAAGGUGCGGGAAGCUCAAUUAGCUCAGUACAAUUAUAUCCUGGUUGUUGGUGAGGAGGAAGCAAACACCGGACAGGUAAGUGUUCGCAUUCGGGAUCAAUCGGCACAUGUUGUAAAGUGCAUGGAUGAACUUCUGUCAUUAUUUAAAGAGGAUACGGAGGCAUUCCGUUAGCUUAAACACACUUGAAAGUGGAUUACCAUAUUGAAAUCCACUAUAAAAAUCUUAGUUCUUCAUUGAUUUUUUUCCCUCAGAUUGUAAGGUAAUUUAUAGUCAUUGACAAGGAAAGUGGAAAGUUGUAUCAUGCUAGAAAAAGUCACUUGUUCUUGUUUGGAAAUGUACACUACAGAGUCUAGUGUUAGUUUUGCCGAUGUGUUUCUCAUAUGAUCAAGUUUUGCAAUAGUGAUGAGAAAACAUUCUCAGAAUUUGAAAAUUCUUCACUUUAUUUCCCUCCAAGUGUCUUGAAGAAAAGGCAUAGCACAUUUUUCACAUUCUUCAGUAUGCAUUUACUUUUCUCCCUUGUUUUUC